CCAUCGUGUUGUGCCUCAUUAUUGUAUUAUAACAACAAACAACUAGGUUGCUAGCCCUAGGUGGUAGCUAUAUAUGGUACUUGUCUAAUCUAAACUCAAAGGUUGCGUUAUUCUCGCUUGCUAGCUCAAGCUCCAAUUCCAAUAGUUUGAUCUUAUCCUCUAAGAAAGAAUGAGACAAAGAAUGGAAAGGCUUGUCAUUCUUCCUUUCUCUGCUGGUUGCAUCUCUGAGGCCAGUGUUGCUGUUGGCAUUCCACAACCAAGAAGAUCAAAACCAGGCACCAAUCUACCAGCUGCUACAAUAAAAGGAUCUAAAGGUGUUGAGGAUUCAGAAAUUUUGUCUGGUGAAAACAUGAAGAACUCAUUGAGACUGUUGGACGUUGUACCGAAACCUAACCUAUCCAAUGGCUUCAAUAGGUUGUUCAAGGGUUUCAAAAAUUUUUCCCAAUUAUUUGUGGAGAAAGAUGAUGAGUUUGAAGAAGUGGAAAUAGACAUGGAAAUAGGGUGCCCAACAGAUGUGCAGCAUGUAACACACAUUGGUUGGGAUGGCAUUGCAUCUUCUGCUGAACCCAUUAGGGGAUGGGAUGCUCUCAUACCUCCUGAGCUCCUCUCUCUAUCCUCUCAAUCUUUGAAGCGCCAAGAAGCCUCUAACUUGGACACAAAACUUGAAACAUCAUCUCCUCAGAACCCAUCUCCUAAUUAAGUGAAAGUUUUAUUUUGUGCAUCAUAUAUGUGAAGCUAGAAAUGUGAUUUGAUGUGUUGUUAAGAAUAUAUAAAUAUACAUGUAGUAUGGUGAGUUGAAUUUACAAUAUUGUUAGUCUUGAUUAAGUUUUUAUGUAAAUGUAUAAUUAAAUCGAGAUAAAAAUAUCUCUUAUCAGUUUGUAAUCAA